UUUGCUUCACACCUGCUUUCCCACCCACUCCCCUAGCAGAGUGUCAGUAUAUAUAAUGCCAGCCCCCCUCGCAGGCAGGAGACACGGGCAGCUCAGCCUCACCAGGAGCCUCGGCAGGAAGGGACAGCCGAAGGAUGAAGCUUUUCGUGGGCAUCCUGUUGUGCUCCCUGGUCCUGGGCGUCAGCAGCCAAAGAUGGCUCACGUUCCUCAAGGAAGCUGGUCAAGGGACUAAAGACAUGUGGAGAGCCUACUCUGACAUGAGAGAAGCCAAUUACAAAGGUGCAGACAAAUACUUCCACGCCCGGGGGAACUAUGAUGCCGCACAGAGGGGACCUGGGGGCGCUUGGGCGGCCAAAGUGAUCAGCGACGCCAGAGAGAAUUCUCAGAGAGUCACAGACUUUUUCAGGCACGGAAACAGUGGCCACGGAGCAGAGGACUCGAAGGCUGACCAGGCCGCCAAUGAAUGGGGCCGGAGCGGCAAAGACCCCAACCACUUUCGACCUGCUGGCCUGCCUAGCAAGUACUGAGUUUCCUCUUUGCUCAGCACUCAGGAGAGGGGCUGGGGGCCCUCUGAGGGCAGGGACGCGGAAUCAUUGAGUUCUCUGUCCACAGAGGCUGAUGGAGGGCACCUGACAGGUGUCUAAUAAAUGCUUAAGAGAUUGUUGAAAA